CGAUGACGCGCAGAAAGAACAAAAUAGGGAAAAGUUUCGUUAGGUAGUUUCGGUCGUUCAACAUUCGUAAGAGCAGCAGUCCUUAGAAGGAAGCAAAUUCUGAAUUACGUUUAAGGAUAAUUUUUUUCACUGGAGAUUUUCAAAUAAGUUCACAUUUUCUUAAGGAUUUUAAAUCAUUCCCGACUAGCAUUCAUUAGUACAGAGCUCAUAAGUUUUUUCUUUUACUGUUUUUACAAAUUCUACACAGAUUUUAUUGUUACGCGUUCUUUUAGCGUACAUUUUGUUGAGGCAAACUAUCGUCUUUCACGCAAGAUUCUAGAACUUUCUUUAAACACAGCCAUGGCAAGCAGGAUUCAAGUGUUCAUCAGCUCCACUGUGUUCAUCAUUUUGUUCGCGUCCCUCACACAAGUGGGGGGUGUCGACGUCCAAGACCGCGCCCCAACCUUUAAGUCAGCAUCCCUGCCUUUCUUCGCCCCUGGCUCAUCGUCUGCGGCAGGCUCAGACUUCCUGUCAUUCUUCUUAAGCCGAGCUGUCUUACCCGACAACAAACAGGGUGUCGUGGCAACCUCCACGCCAGCACCAACUACUACAACCACGACAACAACCACGACAACGACGAGUUUGGUCAAGAACGACACCCGGAUAUUGAACUCUGAGGGUACCGUCAACAAGGACAGAGCGAGCCUGAUGUACUACGCCACCAAGUCUCCAGUGGUCAACCAAGACCGAGUUCUGAGCUCGUUGGACAUUUUUCUCAGCAAGUUGGUGCGGCCACCCCUGUACCAGGUCAUUGGCAACCAGAACCUACCUGUGCAGACGACCACGCCAGCCAAGGUCAGCCAACAAAGCGACAAGACAUUCGUCUACAUAGAAAGGGGCGUGCUCCGUAUCGAUGCCGCCCCAAAGACCACCACGCCCAGUGCCGAGACCACGCCCCGCACAGAUACCACGCCCCGAAUAGAGAAGUUCAUCCCUGACCUCUACGACAAGCCCUUUGUGGGCGUACCUGAAGGUUUUUUCAACGAUGACGUCAAGGAGGUGGAGCCUAAAGUGAACAGGACUCGCAGAGCUGCAGGCUCGGAUAAAGUGGUCAGUUGUCUGGCUCCCUAUCAGUUUGAGCCGUGCCAGUACUACAAAAGAUGUUUCCAGAAAACACAAGAGAGCUGUGAGUCGAAGACCGGAUUCCGUGGAGACGAAGCUUCUAGACUGUGUGACACAGCACUGGAGGUCACGAAGACCGCUGCAUCAGACAUCCUGAAGACCUACUUGAAGGACGUCGAAGACUGCAUCAACUACGAACUCGUCAACGUCAUCGAGUCUCCCACGUGCGGUGACGUCACGACCAUCAUUGAGAACGCCCUGCUCACCUUCAACCGCUCCAACUGUCUCUUCUCCCGGGGGAAGUUCUGUGACGUCAUAGCCGACCCCGAGUCACGCCGCGACCUGUCGGCCAUGUUUUCACUGCCGACACCUGACCGAGAGUUCAUGACGAGGCUUCUGAUCAACUUUGGUGACAUGACACGAUUGUGCAAGGGUGAAGGGGCUCAAAAAUUCCUAGCGGACCUCAUGGAGCAAGUGAAGAAAUCGCCACAGAAAUAUCGAGUGCCCGAUAGACCAGUCCCAACUUCCGGUUGAACUUCUGCUUCAAAAUAAAUCUGUGUUAUGUUUCAACUAAACUCGAACAAUCAAUGUUAUCUUGUUAAAUUAUGUACAUUCUUACAAUAAUCGGAUUAUUUCGUCAUUGUUCUGAUUUUUACGGUAUUUACACAAGACUUUGUGAACAGUGGAGGAAUGAACUCACCCGGUGUAUUUUUUGUCUCACCGGUGUACACCUUUAUGUUUGCCCGUGAUUUUUUUAAUGAUACUUUUUUUUUUAAAUUGGGGACAAGCACUUAAUAACGAAUUAACUGACGUUAAUAUAAUUGUACAUCUGAAAUAUUUUUUACCUUAUAGAACAUGGAAUAUUUAUUUUUAAAAAAAGCUAAUUAGUAAUUUAGUUUCUAUAAUUAAUGUUGUUGCUGAGAAUCACUCUUUUUUCUAACUGUCCUACAAAGACAAAGUUAGCCAAUCGUAUUUAUAAAUAAUAAUUUACUAUUUAUUGAAAUUAGAAAUAAAUUGCAUAAUCAAAAACUAUUGUAUUAUCUCUAAUUAAAAAACUAUAUUCAUAUUGUUUACAUAUUAAACAUUGAGAAAGUUAAAUUUAAAAAAUCACAUCACCGUGUGUUUCUUGAACAAGAAAAUUUUGUUUAUAUGGGAACAACUACACUAACUGGCUUUAACUUUCCUACCACUGCCUUCAACGACUCUGUACCAAAGAUUUUCACAAGCUGUGCACCCUCAAUCCUGUAUCGCCACACAUUACUGUAGAUAUGUGUAUGCUCUUUUAACAGAAGAACUAAAUAAACAGCGCUUAAAACACGAACA